AUGAGAAUACACACUGGCGAGAAGAAACACAAUUGUGAAGUGUGUGAUAAAACAUUUUCUCAACAACAUACUCUGAAAAAUCACAUGGCAAUACACACUGGCGAGAAGAAUCAUCGUUGUGAAAUUUGUGAUAAAACAUUUUCUAGUCGAUGUUCACUGACGAGACAUAUAAGAAUACACACUGGCGAGAAGACUCAUAAAUGUGGAGUGUGUGAUAAAGCUUUUUCUACACGAGGCAAUCUUAUCACACAUUUGAGAAUACACACUGGCGAGAAGAAGCAUAAAUGUGAAGUGUGUGAUAAAGCAUUUUCUGACCAAAGUAAUCUUGUCAGGCAUAUGACAAUACAUACUGGCGAGAAGAAACAUGAAUGUGAAUUGUGUGAUUAA